GUAGGCCAAAGGUGCACCCAGGAGUCCAGGCUUGGCAGCAGCACAGGCAACGAGUGCGAGGACGACGACGGCCUGUGAAUAAAUCAGUUUAUGUGAUUUCCCACUGCUGAGUGCAGAAUGUGGAAUAACUCUUGGUGGCCACUGAAUGCGAUGGCCUGAGGUCACAGACGCAGUCCCGAUUCGGCGUAUAAAUAGUGGUGUAAAAUGUGUUGAACGGCAUCAGACAAGUUCAAGUUUUCGAUCCGAAAGCACCAGAUCAAUAAUCAAAAUGUUCAAAUCCGCUGUUGUGUUCCUGGCUAUCGUUGCCUGCGCAUCUGCCAAGCCUGGACUCCUGGGUGCUCCAUUGGCCUACACUGCUCCCCUGGCUUACACUGCUCCUGCUGCCGUGGUAGCUGCUCCCGCUCCAGUUGUGACCGCCACCAGUAGCCAGGUUUUCGCCAGGAACUACAAUGGAAUAGCCGCUUCUCCGGUGAUUGCUCCCGUGGUGGCCAAGUACGCGGCUGCUCCUCUGGCUGCUCCUCUAGCUGCUCCUCUAGCUGCUCCAAUAGCUGCUCCUCUGGCUGCUCCCUUGGCCUUCUCCUCGCCUUUGGCCUACUCCGCACCUCUGAGCUACGCCGCUGCUCCUGCUCCACUUCUUAUUUAAAUUUCAAAGCUGUGAUCACCUAUUACAACGAUAAUAAAUUGAGACAAAUCUAGGUACUAUCAAUUAAGAUAUUCUUUUUAAAUACGCAACAUAAACAUUUAUGACCAAUUUA